GGCUGCACCACUGCCACCACCCUAUUUCUAUCCGAACGUGCUCUACCAAGGACUCCCGCCGUCCACCCCCCCAACCUGGAUCCCGCAACUGCUUGAACACGCCGAGCGCCUGCAUUGUUGUAGACAGCAACAGGCCAUAGCUCACAUCGCCGACCAUGGCGGACAACUACCAGGUUAUGGAGGAGUUGGGCAGCGGGUCCUUUGGAAAAGUGUACAAGGCUAUCGACCGUAGCACAGGCGAGACGGUUGCUAUCAAGCAUAUCGAUCUUGAAGACAGCAACGAGGAGCUCGCUGACAUCCAGGCCGAAAUAGCCUUGCUCAGCACCUGCGACAGUCCGUACAUCACUGCGUACAAGACGAGCUUCGUCAAGGGCGUCAAGCUAUGGAUCGUCAUGGAAUACCUCGGAGGUGGCUCAGCAGCCGACUUGCUUGCGCCAGGACCGAUGGGCGAAGCCCACAUUGCGAUCAUGUGCCGCGAGCUUCUCCUCGGCCUCGACUACCUGCACUCCACCGGCAAGAUCCACCGAGACAUCAAGGCCGCGAACGUGCUCCUGACCGACAAGGGCAAGGUGAAACUUGCUGACUUCGGUGUCGCCGCGCAACUGACCAACAUGAAGUCACAGCGCAUGACGUUCGUUGGCACUCCCUUCUGGAUGGCUCCAGAGGUCAUCCAGGAGGCUGGCUACGACUUCAGGGCUGACAUCUGGUCGUUGGGCAUCACUGCCAUGGAAUUGGCUGAAGGAGCACCGCCGCACGCUGGAGCACAUCCCAUGAAGGUGCUCUUCACUAUCCCGAAGAACCCGGCGCCACGCCUCGAGGGCGACCAGUUCAGCAAGGACUUCAAGGACUUCAUAGCCCAAUGUCUGAUCAAGGACCCUGAUCGACGCGCCACCGCAAAGGAGCUGUUGGAACACAGAUUCGUUCGCCGAGCUGGCAAGGUGGAGGCUCUGCGCGAGUUGGUCGAGCGCAAGCAGAUGUUCGAUGCGAAGAAGGACAAGGACGAUGUCUCUCACCCCAAGUACUACGAGGAGACCAUGAAGGACCUCUCCCCUAGGCUCGAGUCAGACGACUGGACUUUCGAUACAGUCAAAGCUGGCACUGUUGCGCCAGCACAGCGUACGACGGCCAGGAGGCGCAAGCUUGCUCGCAUACCCUCUGGAGACGAAGAGACGCCGUUUUCGCUGAUGCAGCACAUGAAUCUGGACGACGCGCCUCUGGGUGUCGCCUCGGACUCCCCCAUGCCAGAGCGGACCCGAGCUUCUUCUCGCACAUCGUCCACCGGAACCGCGUUCCGUGUAUCCUCAGGCAACACGCCCACUGCUCGUCGCAUUAGCGGUGCGCCCAAGCAGCCCCUUGGUGUGGAUCUCACUUUUGGCAACUCGCCUUCGACCGUUCAACGCUUCAAGCGCAUCCCUAGCGGAGAGCGCCGUGCAGCACUUCGAUCGAACCCGCCCGCCAACCAGAACAACGCGUUCCAUCCCAACCCGUCUGCUGCUACGUUUCGCCCAUCGCCACCGAGUGCCGACCUCAUGUUCGAUGUGAAUGAUGUGAACAACGAAAAUGAGCCACCAGAGCCCGAGUACCCACCUAUGCCUGUCACCAAGGAUGCACUUUACGGACGUCGAGCUUACAGCAAGGUCCUGGACGGAGUCUUCCAGGAAGCUUACGCAGACACUGGAUCUGCUUACCAGCGUGAGGCGAUGGGACGAGUCGCUUCUGCUUGGGCGCAGCUGGACGAGAUCGAUCCACAGGGGGAGUUCAUGCUUCUGAAGGCUAUGGUCGACCGUCUGAAGGCCGACUCAAAGUUAGCGGCUGCUCUAGGCAUUGAGGUACCAACAGCCUCGUCAGCGCUCAAACGCAACAACACCCAGGGAAGUGACAUGAGCUACAGCGGUACUACAGUCCACGGCAAUGGCACAACUCGCGCUCGCUCUAACACCAAAUUGUCCACGUCGUCUGUCAGCAAGUCUUCUGCGUCAGAAGAUUACGACUUGCCUUCAACACCCAUCGACACACCGAAUGGCACGCCAAACGGCACAUCAGAUUCGCUUGCGAAGGGACCUAAACUCAUACUUGCACAGAACAAUCCUCACCUGAAGUCUCACCGUCGCCGCCAGAGCGCAUUCGUCGUUGGGGAGAAGGCAUACGGCAACGACUCUCUGCCCAUUGUCGACGAGAAGAAGCUGCCAGGCCACGUCGAGAAGGGCAUGGAGCAGCAGGGCCUUCUCGCGGACAUUCUCUAUGGCCAGUGGAUGUCCGGGCUCCGCAGUCGCUGGCCUGUCGCCAACUAAAACACAAGGGCCUCGUCUCUUUGAUACACGCCCUGGCGCGUGUGCACUUGCUUUCUUGCACAUAGUUUCUCGUCUCUCUUUUUAGCACUCGUCCCAAUCAUGACUCACGACCCUGACGACACGCCGGCUGCGUUGCGUUGGAGCGGAGUUGCGUCUGGAACCGGUGCGAUUGUUCUUUGCAUAGCGGGCGCUUUUUUUUUGGGGGGG